UGUCAUUAAGCAUAGAUAAUACACACAUUAUGUUUCAUUCUGCUCUUCGAUAAAUAUUUAAAACUACAUUUAACAGCACAUUAAAUAUUGUCAUUCGAAUCGCGAUACAUAUUUAUAAGUACAUUUUUGUAGAAAUCGAAAUCAUAUAUAUUUUUUAAAACAAAGAAAAUGUCUAAUUGGAUUGGAUACGCGGUUUCGGUGAACUGUGGCGAACCUUUAGGCUGCUAUCAAGGCACCAUCCUUGAAGCAGAUGGAAACACGUUAACACUAACUAAAGCGUUUCGAAACGGAUUUCCAUAUCCUAAAUUGCAAGUUACACUCAAUGCUGCAGAUAUAAAAGAUUUAAAAAUUAUUGAAGCUAAACCAGAACCAUCAGAGCAGACUCACAGCACAGUAGCAGUGACUAAGAGUGGCAAAAAAGCUCAGAAAGCAACAGUUUGUGAGAAUUUACAGGCCAACCCUGCGCAGACUAGUUCAGGAACUCCAUCAACUAGUGUUGUUAACAAUAAAUCUGCUAAUCGCAAUACAGUACAAGGCCCAACUCGCAGCAAACCCAUUGAGAUACAGGCAAAUAGGAAUAAUAAAAAUAAUAACCAUGCCGGUAGCUACGGCAACUGCAGCUCUACGCCGAAAGGUCGCAACCUCGUUGGUCAAGAAAAAGCAAGACGUCGGAAUGAAGCAUGCUUUGGAGAAUCAACAGAUGCCAUCGAUGACGAUUUUGAUUUUGAAGGGAACCUUGCACUGUUUGACAAACGUGCCUUCUGGGAGCAGAUGAGAAAUUCCCACAAACCUGACCUUGUCAGGCAAGCAGAUGAUGCUGGGAAGUAUAAGCACGAUGAGAACGUAUUGGGAACUGCUCCGGUAGCCAGACACGCAAUGAGAGUGCCAGAUAACCUACGGGGUCCGAUUGACUAUGUAACUGACGAGGGGGUGAUCGUUCCGUCGGUCGUGCCGCGCGUCCGCAGGCAGCUGUGGGAGGGUAUGGUGAGCUACGGGCUAGCGGAGUGCGCGUACACGCUGCUGGCCCGCUGCGCCGCCGACGUGGCGCUGCGGCUGGUGGGCGGCGGGCGGCGCCUGGAGCCCCGCAACGCGCACCAGCCGCCCUGCGUGCUGGCCGUGCCCGGGCCGCACCGCGCCGGCGCCGCCGCCCUGCGCGCCGCC